AAUUAUGCAACCAUUUUGCUCUGGAUAAUAUGGCGUUAGAGAUGGGGAUAAAUUCCUGUCCAAUUCAAGCAAAACACACGGUCGAGGUUUUUCUUGAACUUGCAGUAACUGGUGGUGAGACUUUGAUGAAAUUGUAACGCCAUUGAAGCUCUGAGAAGGAGGCUUAGAUAUUCAUUCUUUUCUUUGCAAGACGCUUCACAUGGCUGGGAGUUCUAAUACGAUUAAUACAUCGCAACGUCAAUCACUUGAAAUCUUCAAUCUCAAUGCAAAUAGCAAUGAGAAGACCGAGACAGAAGGCCAAAGUUAUCAGAUGCAGAAGGCUGGACCUCGAACUCCUUCUGGUCGGUUGCCUGUUGAUAAAUGGAUGGCAUUUGAUAAAAAUGAAUUCCAAAAUUCAAAAACAGAAAUCAAUACUUCAUUGCUUCAAUCUAUGAAGAAAGGGAGGGAGCUAUCUAAUGGAUCUGAUAUUGCAGAUGACAAUUCCUUGAAAGGAAACAGCAAUAGGAUCUUAACGGAUGCUGGUAUUGCUGAAAGGGCUGCAGAAUGGGGCUUAGUGAUUGAAAAUGACAAAGGCGGGGGCAAAACAAUAGGUGUAAGUCAAAGGUUAUCAAAGGGGGGAAGCCAAUUUGCUGAAGGGAAUAGUGGGGGUUCCUUUAGAGCAUCGGAACAAUCAGACCCUGAUUCAUUCUUCCCUAGAGUUUCUCAAGAACUAAAGGAUGCUUUGUCUACACUUCAGCAAACAUUUGUUGUAUCAGAUGCUACAAAACCCGACUGUCCAAUUAUGUAUGCAAGUGCUGGUUUCUUUAGCAUGACGGGCUACUCGCCAAAGGAAAUUAUUGGCAGGAACUGCCGCUUUCUUCAAGGACCUGAUACAGAUCCUAUGGAAGUUUCAAAAAUAAGGGAAGCUCUGAGAACAGGGCAAAGCUAUUGUGGGAGACUUUUGAAUUACAAGAAGGAUGGUACCCUCUUCUGGAAUCUUCUCACUGUUACUCCCAUAAAGGAUGAGAAUGGGAAAGUCAUCAAAUAUAUAGGAAUGCAGGUUGAGGUUAGUAAGUACACAGAAGGCUUGAAUGAAAAGGCUACACGACCCAAUGGAUUACCUAAAUCUUUAAUACGUUAUGAUGCUCGUCAGAAGGACAAGGCAAGGUCUUCCAUUACUGAGGUCCUUCAGAUUGUAAAGCACCCACGCAGACACAGUCAAGUAGCAUUUCAUGAAAUUCCUCGCCCAUUUGAUGGGCGUAGUGAGUAUUUUCACGUUGAUUCUCCCAAACCGAAAGUUGUGGAAUCUGGAAACUUUAUUUCACAUGACAGAAGUUAUUCCCAGGGGGAUUCUAAAAACGGAAUAUCUGGGGUAAGUGAAUAUCCUGAUGGUGGCAAGAAAACGAGAAAAUCGCGAGUUUCCUUGAUUGGGUUUAGAGGGAGGGCUUCUAGUCUUGCAGAAAAGCGGGAGCAUGUGCCAAGUGUUGAGCCUGAAGAUCUAAUGAUCAAAGAUACACCACUCUCUGACAGCUGGGAACAUCUAGAAAGAGAAAGAGAAAUUCGCCAAGGCAUUGAUUUAGCAACAACUUUGGAGCGCAUUGAGAAGAAUUUUGUCAUAACUGACCCUAGACUUCCUGACAAUCCAAUAAUAUUUGCAUCUGAUAGCUUCCUUGAAUUGACAGAAUACACUCGAGAAGAAAUACUUGGAAGAAACUGUAGGUUUCUUCAAGGCCCUGAAACAGAUCAAGCUACAGUUGAUAAAAUAAGAGAUGCUAUCAGAGAUCAAAGGGACGUCACUGUCCAGUUGAUCAACUAUACCAAGAGUGGGAAGAAAUUCUGGAAUCUGUUUCACUUGCAACCAAUGCGUGACCAAAAGGGGGAGCUUCAAUACUUUAUCGGUGUUCAAUUGGAUGGAAGUGAUCAUUUGGAGCCCCUUCAAAACCGCCUUUCUGAGACAACGGAGCUUGAAAGUGCUAAAUUGGUCAAAGCUACUGCAGAGAGCGUCGAUGGAGCUGUUCGAGAGCUUCCUGAUGCCAACUUGAGACCUGAGGAUUUAUGGGCGAUCCAUUCUAAACCUGUGCUUCCUAAGCCUCAUAAAAGGAAUAGCCCUUCAUGGAGGGCAAUACAAAAGAUUACUGAAAGUGGUGAGCGAAUUUCUCUGAAGCAUUUCAAGCCCAUAAAACCUUUAGGAAGUGGUGACACGGGCAGUGUCCAUCUUGUGGAAUUACGAGGUACGGGUGAAACUUUUGCCAUGAAAGCAAUGGAUAAGUCUAUUAUGUUGAAUCGUAACAAGGUCCAUCGAGCAUGCAUGGAAAGGGAGAUAAUGUCACUAUUGGAUCAUCCAUUCCUUCCAACACUGUACACCUCAUUUGAGACUGCAACACAUGUAUGUUUAAUAACAGACUUUUGCCCUGGUGGUGAGCUAUUUGCAAUGCUUGAUAAGCAGCCUAUGAAGAUUUUGAAAGAAGAAUCUGUAAGGUUUUAUGCAGCAGAGGUUGUAGUUGGCUUGGAAUAUCUUCAUUGCUUGGGAGUGAUAUAUCGAGACCUCAAGCCUGAAAACAUUAUGCUUCAAAGGGAUGGACAUGUUGUACUGACAGAUUUUGAUCUAUCUUUUCUGGCAUCUUGUAAGCCACAGAUUAUAAAAAUGGCAUUGCGUACAAAGAAGCGAAAUUCAAAACGUGAACCACCAUUAUUUUUUGCAGAACCAACUUCACAAUCAAAUUCAUUUGUGGGAACAGAAGAGUAUAUUGCUCCGGAAAUUAUAACAGGAGCAGGUCAUAGUAGUGCCAUUGAUUGGUGGGCUUUGGGUAUUUUACUGUACGAGAUGCUCUAUGGUCGCACGCCUUUUCGAGGAAAGAACAGGCAAAAAACUUUUGCUAACAUACUGCACAAGGACCUUACAUUUCCUAGUAGCAUCCCAGUGAGUCUUACAGGUAGGCAAUUAAUCCAUGGAUUACUGCACAGAGAUCCAGCUAAUCGCUUGGGAUCAAGCAGAGGUGCCAGUGAAAUCAAGCAACAUGCAUUCUUUUGUGGAAUUAACUGGCCUCUUAUACGCUGCAUGAAACCACCACAACUGGAUGUUCCUCUUGAAUUAAUUGGUAAGGAAUCAGAGAACAAAAAUUUGGAUGUACAGUGGGAUGACAAGGAAGCAGCUGUGUUUUGAUCUCUGCUCUUGGUGAUUCAUUGGUACAAGAUGCUCUCAUAAAAUAAAUUCCAUUAUAUUCCUAUGUACACUAAUCCAAAUAAGAGUUUCCGUCUCUUGUACAUCGAUGACUGUAAAUGAAUUUUCUUUAAGGAAGUGGCUUGUAUCAUAUUCAUCUUGCUAUUGUAUUGAAAUAUGCAUGAUUUCGUGAUAA